CCCCAGCCCAGACUCAGAUUCGGACACAGACUCGGAGGACCCUAGUCUCCGGCGCAGCGCGAGUGGGCUGCUCCGUUCGCAGGUCAUCCACAGCGGUCACUUCAUGGUGUCGUCGCCGCACAGCGACUCGCUGACCCGGCGGCGCGACCAGGAGGGGCCCAUAGGGCUUGCCGACUUCGGGCCGCGCAGCAUCGACCCCACACUCACCCGCCUCUUCGAGUGCUUGAGCCUGGCCUACAGCGGUAAGCUGGUCUCUCCCAAGUGGAAGAAUUUCAAAGGCCUCAAACUGCUCUGCCGGGACAAGAUCCGCCUCAACAACGCCAUCUGGAGGGCCUGGUACAUCCAGUAUGUGGAGCGGAGGAAGAGCCCCGUGUGUGGCUUCGUGACCCCACUGCAGGGGCCGGAGGCUGACGAACACCGGAAACCAGAGGCCGUCGUCCUGGAAGGGAAUUACUGGAAGCGGCGCAUCGAGGUGGUGAUGCGCGAGUACCACAAGUGGCGCAUCUACUACAAGAAGAGGCUCCGCAAGUCCAGCAGGGAGGGGGAUCUCCUGACCCCUAAGCAGGUGGAAGAGGGGUGGCCCCCACCGGAGCGAUGGUGCGAGCAGCUCUUCUCCAGUGUGGUGCCCGUGCUGCUGGGGGGCCCAGAGGAGGAGCCCAGCGGGCGGCAGCUCCUGGACCUCAACUGCUUUCUGUCCGACAUCUCCGACACGCUCUUCACCAUGACUCAGAACAGCCCUUCAUCCCUGCAGCUGUCCCCAGAGGACGCCUACGUUGGCAAUGCUGAUAUGAUCCAGCCAGACCUGACGCCACUGCAGCCCAGCCUGGAUGACUUCAUGGAAAUCUCAGAUUUCUUCACCAGCUACCGCCCCCCACAGACACCCACUCCAUCAAACUUUCCGGAGCCCCCCAGCAUCAGCCCCAUGGCCGACCCCCUCUUCAACAGUGGCAUCGUGGGCUCGGAGGUGCCCCCAGCCUCCUCAGGCAUGACCCACCUCUCAGGACACAACCGUCUGCAGGCUCGGAACAGCUGCCCUGGGCCCUUGGACUCCACUGCCUUCUUGAGCUCUGAUUUCCUCCUUCCUGAAGACCCCAAGCCUAAGCUCCCACCCCCUCCUGCACCCCCACCUCUCCUCCAAUACCCUGCCCCUGCCAAAGUGCCAGGCCUGGAGUCCCACCCCCUCCCUCCCUUCCCUCCCAUGGCUCCACCUGCUGCUUUGUUGCAAGAAGAGCCUCUCUUCUCGCCCAGGUUUUCCUUCCCUGCUGUCCCUCCAGCUCCGAGAGUGUCCCCGUUGCCUGCUCCUACCCACCCCACUGUCUUCCCACACACCCCACAGCCUGUCCCAGGCCCUGCCCCAGCCCCCUUCCCCCUAGAGCUCCUACCCUCCAGGUACCCACAGCCUUCAUUUGGACCUUGCUUCACAGUGCCUCAGGGCGUGCGACCCAGAGGCAGGCCCCAAACCCCAUCCCCUAGGGGACAGAAAGCCAGCCCCUCCACCUUGGCCCCUGCCACUGCCAGCCCCACAGCCACUGCCGGGGGCAACAACCCCUGCCUCACACAGCUGCUCACAGCAGCCAAGCCUGAGCAAGCCCUGGAGUCACCGCCUGUGUCCAGUGCCCUCCUCCGGCCCUCAGGAUCCCCGCAAGAGAUGGCCCCUGAAUUCCCCUGCACCUUCUUUUCCCCGACUCUGGCCCCCACACCACCCCGGCCUCCUCCAGGCCCAGCUACACUGGCACCUCCCAGGCCCCUGAUUGUCCCCAAAGUGGAGCGACUCUCGCCCCCAGCACCCAGCGGCAGUGAGCGGCGGCUGUCAGGGGAGCUCAACCCCAUGCCAGGCCCAGGGACUCUGAGUGUCCGCAUCUCUCCCCCACAACCUACCCUGAGCCGGGGCCGGCCAGACAACAGCAAGACUGAGAACCGGCGCAUCACACACAUCUCUGCGGAGCAAAAACGGCGCUUCAAUAUCAAACUGGGGUUCGACACCCUUCACAGCCUUGUGAGCACUCUCAAUGCCCAGCCCAGCCUCAAGGUGAGCAAAGCCACCACGCUGCAGAAGACGGCCGAGUACAUCCUCAUGCUGCAGCAGGAGCGGGCGACCAUGCAGGAGGAGGCCCAGCAGCUGCGGGAUGAGAUCGAGGAACUCAACGCCGCCAUUAACCUGUGCCAGCAGCAGCUGCCUGCCACGGGGGUGCCCAUCACCCACCAGCGCUUUGACCAGAUGCGAGACAUGUUUGAUGACUACGUCCGGACCCGUACACUGCACAACUGGAAGUUCUGGGUGUUCAGCAUCCUCAUCCGGCCUCUGUUCGAAUCCUUCAAUGGGAUGGUGUCCACGGCCAGCUUGCACAGCCUCCGCCAGACCUCACUAGCCUGGCUGGACCAGUACUGCUCCCUGCCUGCUCUCCGGCCAACUGUCCUGAACUCCCUUCGCCAGCUGAGCACAUCUACCAGCAUCCUGACCGAUCCGAGCUCCAUACCUGAGCAAGCCACGCGGGCCGUCACAGAAGGCACCCUUGGCAAACCUUUAUAGCAUUGGCCAGACCCUGCUGCUCACUUGGCUGCCCAGGCCCUGGCUGUCCUGAGGGUUGAGCAGGGCCCACUUCUCACACAUCUAUCUCCUGGAAGCCGAGAGGAGCUGAGUUCCUGUCCCUGCUCUGCUACUGACUAGCACUGUGACCCUGGACAAUGUACACCGCUCUUGGGACCUGGUUUCUAAUUUGCAAAGUGGGGUUGGGGAAGAUCCAACCAGCAAAUGACCCUAGGCCUUAGCAGCUAUGACAUUGAGGGCCUAAGCUGGCAACUCAGGGAGCUCAAAUUAAGGGAAGAAGAUGACUCUAUUUCCCUGUCACCACCACCUGCUGUCCCACGGGUGGGGCACAGGUCUCCGUUCCUUCUCUCUGCUCCUUCACUGGUAGCCUAGAGGGGCUGCAGGAUAGCUUCCCCUGGGUGACGUCAGGAAGGACUGACUGAUCUUGGGAGAGACCAGGGUGGCCAAAGCAGGGCAGGCGUCUGGUGUGCGUGUGUGUGGAUGUGUGCGUGUAUGUGGAUUUUAUAAAGAAUUCUUGAUCAAUAAAAGCAAAAAACU